AUAUAAAAAGUCAUAAAGUUCUUUCCUUUCUCUUAUAUACAUAUAUUUAUAUACAAAAUAAAUCAAUGGGAAGAAGUAUCGAAAGCACGUACACAGAAUGGAGAAAAAAGUAUGUUAAAUCAUACAAGGAUGGAUUAUAUGUUUAUUACAAGGAAUCAAAUGAUGGGGGUUCAGAAGUAACAGUUUCGGAAGCCCAUGGCUAUGGUAUGUUGAUUUCUGUUCUCAGAAAAAAUCGACAAGAUUUUGAUGGAUUCUUUAAUUACUUUAAAAAUUGGAAGAAUAAGAAUGGCUUAAUGCAAUGGCAGCAAAAGAAAGGAAAAAACGGGGAAUUAGUACCAGGUGAUGAAGGGGGCGAGAACUGCGCAACUGAUGGUGAUAUCGAUAUUGCCACAGCCCUGUUUCUGGCGGCUAAGGUAUGGGGCAAAAAUGAUUAUUUCAAGGCUGCAUGUGAUCUUGCUGGUGCCAUUUGGAAACAUUGCUUCAAUCAUAGUACUUACUUACCUUUAUUGGGUGACUGGGCUGAUCCAGGAGAUAAGGAAUAUAAUUUAACUCGACCUAGUGAUUUCAUUUUAAGUGCCUAUUUAUUGUUCUAUUAUGAAGAUAAAGAGCGCCAACAAUAUUGGGGUAGAGUUGUAAAUGCAGUUAUAACUACAUGUCAAUAUCAGCUCACUCUUCAUCCUCAGACAGGAUUAAUAGCUGACUUUUUACAACUGGACCGUAGAUCAAAACAAUAUAAACCUGUUACUGGACAAGUAUUGGAAGAUAAGCAUGAUGGAGAUUACAAUUGGAAUUCAUGUCGUGUUCCUUGGCGUCUUGCACAUUAUUAUAUGCUCACAAAGGAUGAACGAUUAAAACCUCUCUUGGAGACUUUAUCUAAAUUUUUUGAAGGUGUAUUAAAGAAAGGUGGAAACUCAAAUGAAUCUCCUAUUCGUGCAGGCUAUUAUUUGAACGGUAAAGCCUUUGUUGACUAUAGCGAUAUGGCUUUUAAUGCACCUGUCAGCUUUCUCUUCUGGGUACUUAAUGACCAAGCACCUUUGGAUCAGAUUAUGAAAUAUAUUGAUAAUGAUAAAGACGGUACUUAUUUUGGGGAAACAAUUGCAACAUUAUGCUUCUUACAAGCGCAUGUACCUUAUUGAUCAUGUACCCCAUUUCAUUAUUAUUAUUCAAUAAGCA